AUGCCCGCUGCUCCCAUUACCGGUAUUUUACGAAAGCGGCUGAUUGUCGACAUUGGAGUUGGUCUGGGCGCUGGGUUCGCCAUGGCCAACCUCUUCUGGUACGGCUUCCACAUGCCGCGGACCAACGCGCGGGACGACUUCUACACCAAGCUGGAGGCGGAGAGGGCCCAGAAACAGCAGCAGUAG